AUGAAUAACCUCUCCUUUUUCGUUGCGAUCGCAUUCGCAACGUCUGUUUUCGCGAAAAGUCAGAUAGCGCUCUUCUCAGAUGACAACUGCCAAGAAUCGCUCCGAGGCAUUGAAGGUCCUAAUGGCUACCCUAAUGGAACUUGUACAGAUCUCAGACGUAAUGGCGCGUACGGGAGUUUUCAGGUCGUGGGACUGGACCCAGGAUGCACAGUCACCAUCUACAUGAACGAUACUACAGUCGAUAUAUGCUCGGGCUUCCAAGAAGAAAUAGAACUGGUCGAUUGCUACAACUCAACCUUCGUAUACUACAGUAUCGACUUCUGCGACGCCGGCGCCAUCGGCGAUUCUCCUACUGCCACACCUACGCCUACCCCCAUACCGACAACGACACCAACACCGAUAUCGACACCACCUCCCGUAGCCUCCUCGGGCAUCUCGACAGGCGCAAUAGUGGGGGCAGCAGUCGGCGGAGGUAUAGCGCUGGGCAUAAUAAUUGGACUGGUUGUGUUCUACGUCAUGAAGAAGCGGAACUCAGGACGUUCAAGAGAGAAUCUAAGUUCUGCAGAGCUUGCAAAUGUCACACCAGUUGAGGUGCAUGCAAAGCACAUUCAGGAGUUAGGGCCAGGGGCGGUAGCGUACAAACACAGUCCUGUGGAGGUUGAGCAGCCGCCUGUUGAACUUGCGGGUGUGGAGAUGAGGCGCGACGAAGGGAAGGGGCUACAUUAG